ACAUUUCACCGCUCGUCUGAGCUGUUAUUAUUCACUCUGAGGAAUUGAAAUCACCAUGUCUUCAAACUCAAACCUCACAAACAUGAGACGGACUGUUGAGCAGCUCAAACUUGAAGCCAGUGUGGAGAGAAUCAAAGUUUCUCAGGCCGCGGCUGAACUGCAGGAGUAUUGCCUCCAGAACGCCGGGAAAGAUGCACUUCUGGUGGGAGUCCCAGCAGGCAGUAACCCGUUCAGGGAGCCGCGCUCCUGUGCCCUCCUCUAAACUCAUGAGUGUGGCGGGAUCUCAAUAAUGCAACGGCAGAGGUGAAUCAUGGGAUAUAUUGUGCAAGUCUGAGGAUGCCUUAUAUGUCAAAUGUGUUAUAUGUUGUGCCACAUGCAUGUGUAUAUGAACAUGUUUAAGUUAAACUCUGCUUUGUGUUGAGCGGUGCAGAGUGAUAUGAAAGGGAAGCAUUAUUGCAUUUUUAACAGAUUACAUGAAAUUAUUUAAAUGUACCAAGAAUCUCAUUGUUAUUGUCAAAAAAAGAAACAGAAGUGCAACAUUGGACACAACACAGAAUUAAAACAUUAAACAACUCAUGUAUAACAUCAUAAA